GGAGGAUCAGCAGGGAGUCUAUAGCUGUCCUCAGUGUAGACAAACCUUCACUUCAAGACCUGUUGUGAGUAAAAACACCAUGAUGGCUGAAGUAGUGGAGACACUGAAGAAGACAGGACUCCAAGCUACACAUCCUGCUCAGUGUUCAGCUGGACCUGAAGAUGUGGAGUGUGAUUUCUGUAUUGAGAGUAAAUCCAAAGCCAUCAAGUCCUGCCUGGUGUGUCUGGCCUCUUUCUGUGAAACUCAUCUCCAGCUUCACUAUAAAUCUCCUGCCUUUAAGAAGCACAAGCUGGUCGAAGCCUCCGGACGACUCCAGGAUCAGAUCUGCUCUCAGCAUGACAAACUGCUGGAGGUUUACUGUCGCACUGACAGGCAGUGUAUCUGCAUGUAGUGUACUAUGGAUGAAAAUAAAGGACAUGAUACAGUAUCAGCUACAACAGGAAAAGCUGAGAAACAGAAGCAGUUGUUGGAGAAACAGGAAAUAUCCAAGCAGAGAAUCCAGGAUAGAGAGAAGGAGCUUCAGAAGCUGAGGAAGGCUGUUGAGACUCACAAGAUGUGUUUAGAGCAGAAAAAGCUGUUUCAGCCAUUGAGAGAAGACGCUCUGAGGUGACAGCACUGUUCAGCGCUCAGGAGGAAGCUGCAGUGAGUCAAGCUGAGAAAGUCAUGAAGCAACUGGAGCAGGAGAUUGAAGAGAAGAGACACUGAGAUAGAGGAACUUUCACACAGAGAAGAUCCCAUCCAGUACCUUCAGUCUGUCUCGACCCUCACUGGACCUUCAGACCCACCCGUCAUCACGAUCAAUUCUCUCCUAACCACUGAGGGUGUAGUAAAGUCUGUAAAACACCUAAAAAAGAAAGUAGAAGAAAGCUGUAAUGCUGAAUUUAAGAAGAUAUCAAGUAGAGGUCCUUGCAAAUGGGAGAAACCUGAAGAUCUCCGUAUACUGACACUCUACAGCGCUCCUCAGCCUACAGACUCUCUCUCUCUCUCUCUCUCUCUCUCUCUCUCUCUCUCUAUCUAUCUAUCUAUCUAUCUAACUAUCUAACUAACUAUGUUAGGAAAUGUGGAUCUGAAAACCAUCUCCACACUUUUAUAAUUUGAUCCCCCAGGUUUAUUAAGGUCUUCUUGUAAUAACUUUCCAUAAGUAUUUAAAGCAGUUGGUUCACCAAGGUGUAAUAAUGUAUUUUGCCAAAAUAAAAAAAAAAGGUUUCUUAUAGCUUUAUUUUUUAUUUUUAGUUGUAUUCAUUUAGGUGACAAAAUAUUUUGUUUUUGCUGUAAUGCGGUUGAUCAGUAUUGUAUCUGUAAUCUGUAUCUGUAAUCAGUAUUGUUGUACAAUUUCUUUGUAUUGAUUCACAUGUUCUACUAAAAAUAUACAAUAAAAUGUCAGCUGUGAUUUCCAA